UUGGUGUUCAGAGUUAAAAUACAAAGGAAGUCGAGUAAAACCAAGCUAGAGAGAGAGAGAGAGAGAGAGAAAAGAAACAGGAAAGAAAGAAAGCGGUGAGACUCGUAUGAGUCAAGUCGUGUAUUGUUGAUGGUAGUUCAUCAUGAACACUACGACACUGAAUAAUUAAUCGGUUAUCGUUCGUUUGUAAAGGUUCAUUGAACAUAAAUGGUUGCGGGUCUCGAUGCAUGCCAGCGACCUAGCAUUGCGCAAAGUCGUACGACAUUGUGGCUAGCACGAAGGAAGUGCUGUGCGUCCUGAAAAGGAGAAAAAAAGAACGUAGUGCGAAGGUGUACGAACCAUAAGGGCUGACACAAUCUUCGAGCGAAAGGAUCUCGGAUCGGUACGGUUCAUCGCGAUUAUAAACGUCGAGGUGCUUCCUGGAGUUCGGAUUGGCUGUUUUAUCGUCCUGCCUCAUCAGCUUUGAUUACUACAACUAUUAGGGAUGUCGCGGGACUAUGAUGGUAGAAGACGAGGUGAUAGUGGCAGUGGAAGUGGAUCAAGCAAGAUGAGAAUGGAUACAGGUGUAUCGCAGCCCAGACCCCAUGGUGAAACCUCUGGUAAACGAAGAGAGCUAGAUAGUUUAAUGCGUAAAGCUCGCGAAUCUCGGUCGAGUUACUGGAACAAGAAAAUCCUCGAGGUUGAGGAGAGGGAUCCAAAUAGAUGGAGGCAUAGCGGAUAUAAGGAACUUUAUGUUGGAGGAACAACAAGUGGGGAACCAAGUAGAGGUCAUCCGCGCAGUCCUAGAAGUCCCAGGCCACGCAGUCCGCACAGUCCACGUCCACGUAGUCCACGACCAAGGAGUCCCAGAUCACCUCGUGAACGGUCACAUACUAGAGGCAGACCCGCGCGAAGUCCAAGCUCAGGUAGCACCUGUUCCGACAGAUCUUGUUCCGUCUGCUCUCCCAAGGAACGACAUCGCGUCGCGCCGCUUUCGCGAUCGCGAUCGAGAUCAGUCUCGCCAGCUCGUUCUCGAACUCAUCCCAAGGAGGUGGUACCGUCUAGUUCGCGGGUUGUUCCACAACGUACUAGACCACGAUCACCACCUUUGCCGCGUCCGCGAACACCACCACCAGCUCCUCAGCCACCAGCGAGGCACCACAAGGAUUACAAGGCUGUCAAGGAUAAAGAAGUUAAGGUACGACGCAAGGAGAAGCAUCAUAGCAGGAUGCCAGAGGAUCCACGAGUGCCCGAUCCCAUCCCAUUGAUGCGUAAACCAGUCAAGGUAGAGAAGACACACCCAAGUGGUCAUGGUGCUCCAGCAAUGAUGCAUCCUCCACCAGAAUCAUCACCAAGUGAGGACAGCGAUAGCUCCUCGAACACGUCACACGUGGGUCCACCCAGGAUGACUUUGUCUGAAAGAUUUGGCAAGAUGGCACAGUGGAGCGUGGAUCGUCGAGACAUGGAGAACAUGCGCAUUACAAAGGACGGCGAAAAUGCCAUGAAGGUCGUGAUCGAAGGCGAAGAGAGGAUCGCCCGAUUAGGAUAUGAUUCACCACCUCCAGGACAUUAUCCGGAGUCUUUGCUCGCUCAGGGUCCCAGAGGGCUCGAAUGCUGGGACGACGUUCGUGUUCGUUACGAUUAUUACAAAGCUCGUGGAUACCUUCGUGACCUAAGCCUCGACGAUUACGUCAAAUGGGAAGAAUGGUGGUACAAGUAUCAGGAAUGGCUUGAAGCCGAACGCUUCUACGAACAGUGGGCCCAAAGUCGUCCAGCCGGAAGUGGACGUAAGAGACGCGGUCGACGUAAUAACACUGCCCAUUAAAGCUCCGUACAAAGUGCGUUGUACAGUCGACCGACUCUAUUACUAUUGUUGUUAAUAAAGCAUACUGUACUACUUUGACCGUGCUUAGACGCGAUUAUAUUGCAAGAAGAAGAAAUUUACGAUAAAGAAGAAAAGCGUGGAAUCACGGAACACACAGGAUACACAGACAUUAAACGAGAAAAAACAAAGAAAAAGAACAAAAAAAUGGAGAAAAAGAGCUAUGUAUACGCUAUAUAUAUCGUAAUAAAAAAAAUGUCUGUGCUGCAAACUUUGAGAUUUCAUCGCGCCAUCGGUGUCGAAUCGAUUUAAACUUUUCUGGAAAGAUUCGUGCAACGCAAACAUUUUGCCGGACGCCAUUUUGAUUUACCGAUCUUGUAUUCGUUGUAAGCGAUUAUUAGCUUUGCUUGCAAUUCUUAUUGAUUAUAUCGCUUUGCACGACUAACAUCGUGUAUCAUAUAUUUUAAGCGCUGUGUACAAUUGAUGCAAUUGUCAACUAUUGUCUGCAAACGGAGUAACGUGACAAGUUUUCAAAUAAAUCAUAUAUCAUUCGUAGAAA